GGGGCGGGGCUUGGUCAGCUGAGUGACAGUCACGGGACCCGCCACCAACUCCGUCUGCCUUCCUGGAAGAAAGACAUGGAGAAGGCGCGGGAGAGCUUGCGGGUGUGGAAGGAGCGCGUGGAGCAGGAACUGGACCGCGUGGUGGCUUUCUGGCUGGAGCACUCCCACGACCAGGAGCUCGGGGGCUUCUUCACGUGCCUGGGCCACGAUGGCAAGGUGUUUGACGACCUCAAGUACGUGUGGCUUCAAGCCAGGCAGGUGUGGAUGUAUUGCCGCCUGUACCGCAAUUUCCAACGCUUCCACCACGCGGAGCUUCUGGAUGCAGCAAAAGCAGGUGGCGAGCUGCUGCUGCGCUGCGCGCGCGUGGCCCCUCCGGGCAGGAAGUGCGCCUUCGUGCUGACCCGCGAUGGGCGGCCCGCCAAGGUGCAGCGCACCAUCUUCAGCGAGUGCUUCUACACCAUGGCCAUGGAUGAGCUGUGGAGGGUGACAGGCGAAGGGCGGUACCAGACUGAGGCAGUGGAAAUGAUGGAUCAAAUCGUCCACUGGGUGCGGGAGGACCCCCGUGGACUGGGCCAGCCCCAGCUGUCAGGGGCCCCGGCCGCGGAGCCCAUGGCGGUGCCCAUGAUGCUGCUCAACCUGGUGCAGCAGCUCAGCGAGGACAACACAGCGCUGGCGAGCAAAUAUGCCGAGCUGGGCGACUGGUGUGCCCACCGGAUCCUGCAGCACGUGCAGAGGGACGGGCAGGCGGUGCUGGAGAACGUGUCAGUGCACGGCGGGGAACUCCCGGGCUGCCUGGGAAGACACCAGAACCCAGGCCACGCGUUAGAAGCUGGCUGGUUCCUGCUCCGGUAUGCCAGCAGGAAAGGUGAUCCCGAACUUCGAGCGCAUAUCAUUGACAAGUUCCUCUUGCUCCCUUUUCACUCUGGAUGGGACCCCGAGUUUGGAGGCCUCUUCUACUUCCAGGACGCCGAUGGUCUCUGCCCUACCCAGCUGGAGUGGGACAUGAAGCUCUGGUGGCCACACUGCGAGGCCAUGGUUGCCUUCCUUAUGGCUUACCACGACACUGGGGACCCUGCAUUGCUGCGCCUCUUUGACCAGGUGGCCGAGUACACCUUCCGCCAGUUCCGCGACUCGGAGCACGGGGAGUGGUUUGGCUAUCUCAAUCGCCAGGGGAAAGUGGCGCUCACCAUCAAGGGGGGUCCUUUCAAAGGCUGCUUCCACGUCCCGCGGUGUCUCGCCAUGUGCGAGGAGCUGCUGGGCUCCCUGUUGAGCCGAGUCGCCGUGGAUCGCGAGCCCACCUGCUCCCCGCCCGCACCCGCGGUCCCCACCCGCGGAGGCGCAAAAUAAAACAACCUGCUCCACCUG